GACAAACGUCAACAUCAUCCGCAAAUGUACACAAACAAUCGCGCUAUUGGCCCCGAAUUCAUUGAGUGAAAUGGAUGAAUUUAAAGUGCCAGCUGCUACGGUGAGGCCUAUCGCCGCCCCCGAGAAGGACACAGUGAAAUCACAGGCCAGCACCGCACCACCGAAGAUCAAAAACCCGACAGACGACAAAAUUCCACUCAAGAUUGAAGCUCCUCCCGUUCCGAAAUGUCCAUAUAUUGAGCCGAAAUGGUCAGCCGCUCCCAAAAGGGAGGUCAAAUACAAAUUCGAGGUAUUAAAAUCUGGAAUGAUCGUCGAAGAAAUCUUCUGUCUCCAGAACAAGCCGUUUUGGGUGUUCGGUCGUCUGCCCAACACCGACGUCUCCAUGGCCCAUCCGACAAUUUCGCGCUUUCAUGCCGUUCUUCAGUACAAACCCGGUCAGGAUCAAUCCGCAAAGGACGAUGAGGGCGACGGAGCAAGUUCAAAAGCAGAUGACAAGUUCGGCGAAGGCUGGUACAUCUACGACCUGGGCAGCACUCAUGGAACCUUCCUCAAUAAAAUGCGCAUUCCGCCGAAAACCUACAUUCCUGUGCGGGUGGGUCACAUGUUAACUUUCGGAGGCAGCACCCGAAAAUACCUCCUUCAAGGCCCAGAAUCCGACGCGGAGCCGGAAACGGAGCUUACUGUAACCGAGCUGAAGGAAAAACGGCUCAAAGAAGAAGAGGAAAAACGGAAGCAGGAAGAGCUGCAACAGGAACUGAGGGAAAAAGAAGGCAUCAGUUGGGGAAUGGCUGAGGAUGCCGACGAAGAAACCGAUUUGACGGUGAAUCCUUACGCCUCAACGAAUAACGAAGAGUUGUUUUUGGACGACCCCAAGAAGACACUGCGAGGAUUCUUUGAAAGGGAAGGAUUCGAGUUGGACUACAAAGUGGACGAGAUGUCUCCGGGGACUUUCAUUUGCAGAGUUGAGUUACCAAUAGACGACGCAAACGGAAAGCCUAUUGUGGCGGAGGUUUGCCACAAGGGGAAGAAGAAGGAAUGUGUGCUUCAGGCAGCUCUGGAAGCUUGCAGGAUCCUGGACAGACAUGGUGUUUUGAGACAAUCACAUCACGAGCCCAUGAAACGACGAGUUCCAACAAAUGACUCUGACGAUGACGAUGAUUUCCUUGAUCGUACUGGGGACAUAGAACGGAAGAAACUACGCAAGGCGAACGCAGGACAAAGCAACACGUUGACUUAUGAGGAUUUGGUGAAGCAAGAAACUGAGCUCCUAGAGCGAGUGGCAGCUAUCAAAGAUAAAAUACUUCGGUACCAGGAAGAGUCGAAACGUACGAAGGAAAAGAAAGCUGCACAGAACGAGGACGAUCUUGAUGACUUCAUGAAAAACCUUUCCCAUGAGAAGGAGAUGGACAAGACGGAGAUACGCAAGCUCAGGGUGGAAGAGCAAAGACUUCAAGCUGAGCAUCAAAAAUUGCAGCGACUCAUUAAAAUCGCGAAACCAACUCAGCUUCCAUCUCUGAAAACAAGCGAAGCAGACACAACCAAGAAGAAACCGCUCCUACCACUGUUUGGGAAACGCAACAAAACCAGAUUCCAACUUCCUAAGAAGCCUGAAACAGAGAAAAAGCCAGCAGUGAAGGAGAUUCCAUCUGAUGAAGAAGAAAUGGACGAAGACGAACCGGAGAAAAUCGCAGAAACACAACCAGAGGAACAAAUUCCCAGUAACAGCGAGAGUCCUCCAGAAUUACCAGUACAAAUUCCACCCAAAUCUCCUCCAGAAAAGCACACAGAACUAGAGGAAGUCUCUGCAAAACCCCCUAGUCCGAAGCCUAUCCGAGGUCCUGCUUUUAUCCCGCCUGAAAUUCUACAAAGUCACAAAUCUCCUGAAGUGAUUUCAGAAGAUGCUACCCAGGCACAGGACACGCCUAUGGAAGAGGAGGAGGAAAAAGAUGAUAAUAAUGAAGAGUCAGAGGAAAAAAUGGAAUCUGAGGAGACUUCAGAAGAACAAGCUGCAGCCGCCAAGAAGCGAAGGAAUCGCAAUCGAAUUCGCAUAAAGGGCAGAGAAAACGUUGAUAUCGACGACAAAGAAGAACUCGAAGAUGGCGAGAAGUACUCCGGAUGGGUGCCGCCGCAAAACCAAACCGGAGACGGAAUGACAACGCUAAAUGAGAAAUUUGGCUAUUAGUUUGUAGAAUGUAAGGAUAUUCCAUGUUUAGAGGAAUAAAAGUGGUCGUUAGUUU